CUUGUCACUAUCUUCAGAAGCAAAAAGCGUCAAGAUAAAGGCACAAAAAUGACCGAGUUUUGGCUAAUUUCUGCUCCUGGGGAAAAAACUUGUCAACAGACAUGGGAGAAACUACAUGCAGCAACUACAAAAAGUAACAAUCUUUCUACUAAUUCAAAGUUCAAUAUUCCGGACUUGAAGGUUGGCACACUGGAUGUUUUGGUUGGUCUGUCAGAUGAGUUGGCUAAACUGGAUGCAUUUGUGGAGAGUGUUGUAAAAAAAGUGGCCCAGUAUAUGGCUGAUGUUCUAGAAGACAGUAAAGAUAAAGUUCAGGAGAAUCUUCUGGCUAAUGGAGUUGACUUGGUCACCUAUAUAACAAGGUUCCAGUGGGAUAUGGCCAAAUACCCAAUCAAGCAAUCCUUGAAGAAUAUUUCAGAAAUUAUUGCAAAGGGAGUAAACCAGAUUGACAAUGAUCUGAAAGCAAGAGCCUCGGCAUACAACAAUCUGAAAGGGAACCUUCAGAAUUUGGAAAGAAAGAAUGCGGGGAGCUUGCUAACCAGAAGUCUUGCUGAUAUUGUAAAGAAAGAGGACUUUGUACUUGAUUCAGAAUAUCUGGUCACGUUAUUAGUGAUUGUACCAAAAUUAAAUUAUAAUGACUGGGUUAAACAAUAUGAAACACUAGCAGAGAUGGUUGUACCACGUUCCAGCAAUGUACUCUUUGAGGAUCAAGAUAGUUACCUUUGUAAUGUCACCUUGUUCAGGAAGGCAGUGGAUGACUUCAAGCAUAAAGCCAGAGAAUAUAAAUUUAUGGUCCGUGACUUCCAGUACAAUGAAGAAGAGAUGAAAGCGGAUAAGGAAGAAAUGAAUAGACUGUCAACUGACAAGAAGAAACAGUUUGGGCCUCUGGUUCGGUGGCUGAAAGUCAAUUUCAGUGAAGCUUUCAUUGCAUGGAUUCAUGUGAAAGCACUGCGAGUUUUUGUUGAAUCUGUUUUAAGGUAUGGUUUGCCAGUUAACUUCCAGGCAAUGCUGCUUCAGCCUAAUAAGAAAACAAUGAAGAAAUUGAGGGAGGUUUUGUAUGACUUAUACAAACACCUUGACAGCAGUGCGGCAGCUAUCAUUGAUGCAACUAUGGAUAUUCCAGGCUUAAACCUCAGUCAGCAGGAGUACUACCCAUACGUGUACUACAAGAUCGAUUGUAACUUGCUGGAAUUCAAGUAGAAGUUCCCUAACAUGACAAUCUUCUCAGUGUUGGUGUAAACAAACAGAAGUGAGGUUGAAGUACAGUAAUACUUUUAACACUCUACUAAUCAUAUGCUUGCUUCCUAUGUUAGGUGAAUUUAACACACAGUGGUCCAUCUCUAGACAGUUUCUUUUUAAAGAACAGUGUCGGUAAUCUGCUUUUAACCAGUUAUGUCUGUAAAUGUAUAUUGAGAGAAUUGAAGUAUUUAUAAACAGAGUGAUUUAUUUAAAGAAAAGCUCAUUCUGCUUUCAUAUGGUGGUCCAUGUUAAUUCCAUUUACCAUUGUUUAUAAAAAAACUUGUUUACAGAGGAAUAGUGUAAAUGUUCAUGGCCAUUUUGUUCAUUUGAUUUAGUAGAUACAAAUGUGUCAACGUUGUUGAACUGUGAUGUAAAGUAUGUAAAAUUGGUAUGAAAUUGUGCUUUCUGAAUGGUUUAAAAUUACAAUCGAAGCACUGUAAACACAGGAGAAAAUAAAGAUACCUGUGCAAAUGUGUCA